AUGGUCAGCACCUCUCCGGGAGAGUGUCCUUCCGAUCACUGCCGGUCUUCCUACACUGCAGCCCCCCAGGAGGCGGCUCCCAGACCGGCCGUCCUUCACCACCUCACCCACUUCUCUGCAGCAGGAAGACGAGAGCAGUACUCCCCCAACCCUAUGGCCCCUGCUUGCUUGACCUGCCCUCCACAACUCCCACACCAGCCUCUGGAUGAAGCGGGCCGAGCUGCAGGCCCCAGAGAAGGGAAUGCGCUCAUCUGGCUGUUCCUUGUGCCGGUCACGGGCGAGAGGGUGGGAGCAGGGCCCCGGGGAGAGCAGCAGCGGGCUGGCCCCCCUUCCCUUCCAUGCGCCCACCCACGGCCUUCGUCCACUCACCUGGAGUGCAGCACAGGCCCUGGCCUGGCUCCCCCAAGUGCCCCCCCGCCCCCGGGCUGCCAGGCCAUCUUUGUCAUUCUUCUGGGGGCGUCUCUGGGCGAGGCACUGGAGCCAGUCCGCACGUGCAGGCUGUUGCCUCAGCCUUACCGCUCAGAGUCCUACAUGUCCUCACCGCCCCGGAGCGGGGCAAUCCACGCUGCUCGCAUUCGCCGCUCAGGCAGCACCAAACCCCUCACCUGCUGGCUCCGUCCCCAGAGGACCCACAGGCCACGUGAGGCCGGCCGCAUCCACUCCCAGCUGGGGGCCUUCUCUCCUGAGCUGCACGGGAGCCUCACCCACUCCCACAGGCAUCCGCACAGGCGCUCGUGCGCUCCUGAAGCCAGCACCCUCCUGACUUCCAUCCACCUCACAGGAGAAUGCUGGCAGCUCACAGCCCUGAACUUCACCUCUCGGUGCUCAGUCAACAGCUGUGCCCUUCGUUUGCCUAGAAACAUCUCUGAGGGAAAAUACUGUGGAGAGUAG